AUGUUCCCAACUCCGGACCUCCGCUCUGGAAUCCCAUUGGUGUCUCUGUCUCCGGAACCUCCGGUCUUAGCUCUGACCUCGGACUUUGACCCCACCUCCGCUUAUACCCAUUGUAUUGGUUCUGACUUCGACCGUGUUGUUGCCAGUAGCACGCACGACUUGGCCAUCAUUGUCGAGGCUGUUGAUGAAGAUGGGCUGGUUCCUCAUGAACCUGUCCCUCUCGUUGACCUUAACCUCCCUAUUCCACCCAUUCCUAUUCUCGUUGGUGACAACGAUGAAGUUGAGCAAGUUCCUGUUCCAGUACUCACCCAGUUAGCACAAGCGAUCACCUAUCUUGCUCGCUCCACUGCUCGUCCCGCUCCAAUCCCUGUUCUGAUUCCUGCUCCCAUACAACCUCCCACUCCAUCCACCUCCCUUCAAACCAAGGUCCGAGAACCCAACCAGUUUGGCAGGGUUGACCCCCGCAAGCUCCUCACCUUCUUGGUCCAGUGUGAACUGAACUUUCAGGACCACCCCCUGGCCUUCGAGUUUGUCUUAGAACUCAAGGAGAACCCAAUGGGUGAUGCUGAAGAUGAGAUCCUCCAGUUGAGUAUGAAAGACAGACAUCACAUAAACAAGUACAUUUUGCAUGGUUAUGGCGAGCCUGCACUUCAUCAGUUCUUUUAUGAUGGACUGCCAGAGCAUCUCAAGGACGAUUUCUUGCAUGUCACCAAACCUACUUCACUUUCUGCCCUCCAAAAACUCAUGCAGACAUUUGACAUGCGAUAUUGGAAGCGUAAGGCUGAAGCUGGACGACAUGUUAGACCUCCACCCUCAUCUGCCACCUGUGUCUUGAUCGGCAAGUACUUCCUUCCAUCCUUCCUCUACUCCCUCCACCUCCACUUCCGCUGUGGUUGCGAAGCCUCCUAA